AUGUUGAAUAAACAGCAAAGAGGAGAAUUAGUGGAGAAAAUAAUAAACCUAAUUUCUGAUAAUUUAAGAAAUGUGAAAGAUUAAAAUUAGUCAUGUGAAGCCUUUUUUUCUUCUUUAGAAUUUGAUGACCUUAAUAAAACUUAAAUUUAUUCCCCAGAAAUCUAUGAUAUAAAGGAGCUGUGGUUUGCUUUAGAAAAAAAUAGAAACUGGUUAAUCAAAGGAGUACAAGAUGAAUUGGAACUUUAAGUUGAUUAACAUAAAGCUAUUCUAAAAUAAAAUAGUUCAAUUAAUAAAACUGAGUAAAUCAUCAAUGACUCAAAUAUUGGUAUUGAGAAAGUAUGUAAUGAAUGCUAGAUAAAUAAAUUUCUUUUAUCCGGUCUAAGGGAUGAAUACAUAAACCAACUUUUUCAAAAUAAAAAUGCACCAAAUUAAACUAAGAUUAAAAUUAUAUAAGAUUUUGAAACUUUAACAAAUAAAUUUAAAGGUAUGAAAGACAUAGAUGGGGAAGGAAUUAUUUAAGAUAUGCAGAAAUUUUUUUUUUAAUAUGAACCAGAUAUAUCAGAAAUUGGUUAAGAAUAGAGUUUAAAGGAUUAAAAUGAGUAUGAGGAAUCAAUUUGUAAGGAAUUCAUUAGUUUAAAAGGCCUGGAGAUUAAUUUGGGAAACAUUUGCUAAUAAAUAGGUUUUAAAGAAUAAUCUGAAAAAUGCUAAGCCUUAUGCUUUAAUUAAAAUGAUAACCUGAUUGCCACUGCAAAAAAUAAUUCAAUAGUGAUUUGGAACUUUUUAGAAGGUUAAAUGGAGUAAAUUGCUGAGUUGAAUGGACAUAAGGGUGAAAUAAGUUGUCUCCUUUUUGAUAAGAAUUCAGAUACCCUUAUAUCUGGAGGAGGAGAUAAUGAUUGUAAAAUCAAAAUUUGGAAACGUACUGAAUAAAAGAUAUGGGAAGAAUAGGGAAGUUAAUAAUUGAAUGGAGGUGCAAAAGUCAUGUGUUUGAAUAAAAAGGGAGAUAAAUUAUAUAUAGGGACUUAGAAAGCAUAAAUUGCAAUUAUUGAAGUCAAUUUUAAAAACUUUGUUCUAGGAAACCCUAAAAUUCAAGAAAUUGAUAAAAAUUCAAAACCUAUAUUUGGACUGAGUCUCAAUGAAGAUGAAAAUUAUUUGGUGUUAUGUGGAAUGGAUGGUUGCUUAAGGUUGUUUUCUAUUCGUUAGGAACUAAUUGAAAUAGACAAAUUAGAUUGUAAAGUUUAUGGAAUGAGGGUUAAAUUUAUUGACAAUUCAUCUUUUUUGUUGAAUCAGAGGGAUGGUAAAUUAAUUUAUUAUAAAAUUUAAAAUAAUAAAUUAUAAAACUAACAAACAGAGUUUAAUUUAGUAUCAGGAAAUAUGGAUCAUAUAUUUACUCCUAUUUGGCACGACCCAAACAGAAAUUUAUUCGUUGUUAAACAUAAUAGAUGCAUUCACUUUUUAAAAUAAGUUAAUGGAAGAUUUGAAAAGAUAGGUAAAUUAGUAUACAAAUAUUAAUUAUUAUUUGCCACCGUAUCAAAUAAUGGAAGGUUUUUGGUCACCUGGAUAGGCAAACCUGAAAAUUAAUCAAUUCAAGGUGAAAAUCAAUAUUAAAUGUAUGAAUUAAAAUAUUAAUGA